CUUUAACCAAGGUUGAGUCUCAGAGAGUAGCCUAUUUUAAAAUUUUGCUUCUGGUCUAAUAUUUUCUAGGACCGGGCUCUGAUUAGAGCUAGCGAUGUUGAAAUAUUUUGUUGACGAUAUUCCUCACCAAAAUACAUACACAUCUCCUACCUCAUCACUCCCUCUACUUUUGUUUUCACCAAAAACCUUCUAUGAGUUGUUUCCAUCGAUCCAUUCUUCUUGCACGUAAAGAUUUAAUUACGAAUGAUUUGGCUUUGUUGUAAACUGCUACAACAAGUGUCCAUCGUCUUGCAUGUCAUAUAGCCAAGUGUCGAAAUGCUAAGACAAAUAUCAAGAGCUGUUACAACCAUUGUUUGUAUGUUCGAAUUGGAUAACUAUGUUGUGAUCUAAAUAGUUUAUUUUCAAAUUAAGUGUCUUACUUUUUACUUGACAACACACCAAGUAUAUAGAUAUGUACGAGCGCAGCUACUAUACUAUUACAGUUGUCAAUGCAGUAAGCUAUACACAUCUUACAAUUUCCAAGUUAAAAUCUACGUUUCCUUGCAAUUUCCAAGUUAAAAUCUUACAUAAAUAGUAACUUUUUCUUGUUCAUUAUGUAAUUAGUCUAUUUUUUCGUUAGUUCAAAAAACGCGUUCAUAGUGCACCCACUUUUUUCCACAAGAGGAACCGAAUUGCAAGUUCUCUUUUGAAUCAUAAUCUUUUCAUUAGUGUACGUAGCAAGAAUCGGAGAUGGAUUUUGUGCAGAGAAAAGUGAACAGUUUAGGAAGAAAAGUUGCAACUUUCCCUCAUGUGGAAACUAUUGGAAGAACACUCUUUGCCUCAUCCUUCUUCCCCUCUGCUUGGCAUGAAGGAUUACUGGAGACCGAAGUUCGGAUAUUCAGGAGAUCAGAUUAAGCAUCUUAUGGCGGUUAGUAUCAUGGUGAAGACGCUUGGUGAACUUAUCUUCAUCUAUGGCAGCUUAUUUGGAGCUUUCCUCUUGCUUCUACACCAAGGCAUUGCUACAACGAUACAUCAUGAUUUCUACAACCAACGUAUCGACACCGAAGAAUUUGGACUACUUUAUAUCAAAUUCAAAAGGAUCCUUAAUGAAACAAUAUACGACGGCGCUCAAAAUCUCUAUAAUUCAAAUUUUGACGAGCAGCAAAUUGAGCAAACCAUAUCGAAAUUUCGUGAGCUUGCGGAUCACGCAGUUACAAACCCUGCCUUGUUCGGACGUGAUGAGUUUUUUCGACGGCUCUUACGUUUCAUCAAAGCAUUGGCCGUAGUAGGAGCAUUGCUAUUUUUCGUGACAAUGAAGCAUAAACUCAACAAUUCCAAGAAGGAAUUCAAAGUUAAAACUGACUGAAACGGGGGCUCAUUUUGUAUAUUUACCUUUCAGGCUUUCCUUAUAGAUUUUAUGUGAUUUUCUUUGUCUUCAUGCUGUUAACCUAAAUAUAUAUCUCAUCAACUUUUGGCUAAGGAACUCUCUCUCUCUCUCUCUCUCUCUCUCUCUCUCUCUCUCUAAUAUAAGUCAUAGGUUGUAGUCAUAGAGGAUUAUCAAAUGCUGAUCAAAUAAUCAAAUAAGAAUAAGGACACCAGCUGUUACU